GGAUGUGAAUAUAUGACCCUUUCUCAACGGGAGGCGAAGAAAGGGUGAAAAACAAAGUGACUAACUCUUUGAGCCUCUGUCCCUCAAUACUUUCGUUCUUCAUCUUUAUAAGGCGAAAGUGAUCACUAUAAGAACUGCAUCAUAAUUCUACGUUUUAGUUUGAUAUCAGACGCACCAUGCAAUCUUACUGGAAAGUUUUCUUUAACCUCUUUGUUGCCCCACUGUGCUAUGCAAUGUUGUAGGAAAACAUGUUCGAUGGGACUGAGAUGAAGCUUGAAGGCGUGACAGAACACUGAUUAUCGGUGUACUUAAGUAUAAAACCCGAUCAACAUCUGUACAUCCAUGCGUCUUGGCCAGCCAUUUUAGAACGCCGAACGAGAACACCGCCUCAAAUGGACGCGUAUCAACUUUUAGGCAUUGCUGAUGAUGAAGAUUAAAGCUUGAAGAUAGUAACUGUGUUACAAGUUAUCAGAAAUUAUUUAUAUGGGGAAACUAAAUGUGAAUGGCUUACACCAGUCGGGGUAGUGACUAGUGCUUACCAGCUUUUACUAGCCUGAUCCAAUUUUGACCAGUGGACUGCUAUUACUUUUGAUGCACUCUAGUCCACUAGAAGGAGGAAAAGAGAAGCAUAGGAAUCAUGGAAAACAAAGAAACUUCCAGGGAAUGUUCAUAUCCAGCCCCCAUAGUUCCGGAGAUAACAGGAAUUCAGAAACGCCUUCAGAAAUUGUGUGAGGAAGCAAGUGGAAAUGCACAGAAUUUGCCAGAGAUUGUAGUUCCACCAGAAGCAAAAUCCAAAAAGAAGAAGAAGAAAAAGAAAAAGAAAAAUGCAUUCGAAGAUGAACCAGAGGAUUAUGUAGACUAUUCUGAAUCCGAUCCAGGUAUCCAGGUUAUGGAGUCUGGAGCCAUGGGAUUUCCUCCAAUGAAUGUUUUAGAAUCUGGAGCAAUGGGAUUUCCACCAAUUCAGAUGGAGUCUGUGCCAUUGGAGUCCACAUCCCAGGAAGCAACAGAGGAAACCCACAUGGAAAUGCCCCCUGAGGAAGGAGGUCUUGCAUACCCAUUAGAAGAAGGUGAUUUUUCACAACACGGGGGUGGGAUUAGGGGGCAUGGUAGAGGUCCAUUCAGGGGAAGGUGGAGGGGAAGGAGAGGUUACAAACAAGGAGGAGGUCCACCAUUUCAUGCUCCCCCGGGACCUGGUGGAGCCUUCACACCCCCACCAUCACAGUAUUCUGGUAUGGAAGGAUCAUAUUAUCAAGGAUACCAAGCACAUUAUGACCCAUCCUACAACUAUGACUAUUCACAAUAUUAUGGUCAGGGUGGGCCUCCUUCACAAUACGGGGGACUUCCGGUGAAUCCUCAGGGGCCAGGUUACGUACCUACUGACACUUCUGGAUGGGAUCAAUCUGCAUGGGGAUACCAAAACCAGCAGAUGUCGAUUCCAUAUCCACAACCAGUCGAUCCAAAUCAACAAAAUCCGCUUCUUCCACCAGUACCAGUAGAACCACAAGCAGUAACCAUGGCAAAUCAACCUGAAAAGCAGCUAGUGGUGGGACCUAGUCAGCAGUUACCAAACAUUCCUUUACCACCACCACCCUCCGAACCACCGUCCUCCAUUCCUCUUCCUCAACCGUUUCCUCAAUCACAACCAUCAGCAUCUGAUAUUCCACUGCCACCAUCUGAUAUACCCAUGCCUCCUUCAACAAUGCCAACAGACAUACCAUCCAAUCAAAUUACAAAGGACAUGGUCGACUUAGAUAAGGAUGUUUCUGUACUCAGGAAGGAAGCUCUAGCUAGUAUGGAUGUGCCAGCGUUAUCGCCUGCUGAACCUGAAGAAGUAAAAAAUGUGUCAGAGUGCGUAAUGCCGUCUGGAGAGAAGGCUCUAGUGGUAGAUACAACUCCAAUAGUGGGACUGUCACCAACUGCUGAACUCUUGGAGACAGAGACUAAACAAAUCUGUGAUAGUAAAUUACUGCAUCAUACAGUGAGUGAUUUUAAACCAGGAACUAGUGAAAGUGGUAGUUCUGAAAGUAAAGGUGACUCUUGUGUAUUUAAAGACAAUAUUAUUGAGAGUAAAGAUGCUGAAGAUUCUGAAAAGAAAGAUGACAAUCAGAGUAAACCUCUCGUAAAAACUACAGCACAAAUGCUUCUAGAGAAAAUUGCGAUGAAAAAGAAGGCAACAGAAACAACAGAAUCAGCAGACGUGAUAGAAGCGGUUGCAGAUGGAACAAAACGUAAAACUUUAAAGCCAGGCUCAAAAUUUCUCCUGCAGCAGUUAAAACAGGAUGCAGGAAAAGUCCAGUUCAGUGUCAAACACGGAAUAACUGGACCCAAAAAAGGGAAUGCUCUGCAAAAGUCUGAGAAAACUGAAACAGAAGACAUUUCUAAAUACAAAAGUGGUGCCCGAGAAUUGUAUAAGCCAUCUGAUCAAGAUAAGGUGGAGUUACUGCUGGAGACUAUGACACCAAGACAGAGAGAUUCAUACUUACGUUAUCAAGAGCAGAAAGAGCGUGAGGCGAAGAGAGAGGAAAGGCGUCGACAGCGUGAACUAGAGAAACAGAAGCAGGAGGAGAAAGACAAGGACGUCAGACGGAACAAGACUGAAAGCAUUGAAAAGGAGAUGGACAUAUCAGACAUUCAAAAAGAGUCGUCAAGUCCCCAAAGAGAUCAUGCACAUGAACAAAUUGUUGUGGAUGACAAAAACGAUGACAGGAAAAGUGAAGAGAGGACUAAGCAACUAAAUAGUGAAAAUAGUGUGGGAGUGAAGGAAAAAGACUCGUAUAAUCCAAGCAUCAGAUUUGAUAGCGACAUAAAGAAAGAUAAUGAUAGUACACAUCCGUUAGCUUUAUCAGGCAUGGACAAUCAAGACAAACAGACCAUCAUAACACAAUCCAGCAUGUUGCAUCAGACUCUACAUUCAACAAGUGUAUUAUCUCCAAAGCUAGACACAGAAAAUGGUAAUUCUAGUCAAACUGUACCUUCUAAAGUUCACAGAGUCGAAGGCGUUACCAUUAAUCAGUCAAGUGAAGGCACACAAUCUGAUAAGUCUGAUAAGAAAAAGAAAUCCAGGUGGUCGGAGGCAGAGAUGGACAUCUCAUCAUCAGCGAAUGUUUCCGCAGUCAUUGGUGGAGUUCCUGCAGCUGUUCCCAUGCCAACUGACAUGGAGGUGUAUUCCCCUGACCAUCCAACAGGGUCGCCUCAGACCACAAUAGUUACAGGGGAUUUACAAAAGUACUCUCCAGAAAAGCCAACCGGAAUGGAAUACUCCCCUAGUCAUCCGACAGAGGAUUACUCACCCAGCCGGCCAACAGACACCCCUAGUCCCCGCCAGCCAGCUCAGGAAAACCAGCACAUAGAGGUCAAAGACUAUGUCACAACAUCUGAUACUCGAACAAAUGACCAGCCCUCUUCUGUUUCAGGGGAACAAUUAAACAAAGAGUGUGAAAACAUUGGCACAUCCAACACUAAAUCGAAGAAAAAGAAAUCCAAGAAAAAAUCUAGAGCUGAUGAUAGGUCAUUGUCUGGAUCUCCUAAAGGAAGGAAAAAGGAGAAAAAGAAAGAAAAAUCUGGAAAAGUGUUUCCUCAAGUAAAAGCAAGUUUUUCCUGGGAUAGUGAUGACAAUUUGGAACAGUCAUUUAGUGAUACAAAACAUUACAGUCGCUCUAGGAGUAGAUCACAUGAUUCUGUGGAUAGUAAACAGAAGGAGAAAUCUUACAAACAUGACAAAAGAUUGAAAUCUCCAAAACAUAAAAAACAUUCUCGAUCAAGAAGCAGGUCCGUGGAUAGUAGAUCCCACAAACGUUCAGUGACACCAAAAAAAAGAAAGUCUCGUUCACCCACACCAAGAAAACGAAAGUCUAUUUCACCCACACCAAGAAAACGAAAGUCUAUUUCACCCACACCAAGAAAACGAAAAUCUCGUUCACCCACACCAAGAAAACGAAGGUCUCGUUCACCCACUCCAAGGAAACGAAUGUCUCGUUCACCCACACCAAGAAAACGAAAGUCUAUUUCACCCACACCAAGAAAACGAAAGUCUAUUUCACCCACACCAAGAAAACGAAAAUCUCGUUCACCCACACCAAGAAAACGAAGGUCUCGUUCACCCACUCCAAGGAAACGAAUGUCUCGUUCACCCACACCAAGAAAACGAAAGUCUAUUUCACCCACACCAAGAAAACGAAGGUCUCGUUCACCCCCUCCAAGAAAACGAAAGUCUCUUUCACCCGCACCAAGGAAACGAAAGUCUCGUUCACCCACUCCAAGGAAACGAAGGUCUCGUUCACCCACUCCAAGGAAACAAAGAUCACGUUCAUUGACUCCAAGAAAAUGUAGAUCUCGCUCAGCAACACCAAGAAAACGUAGGUCUCGCUCAAAGUCACAAAGCAGAUCACUGGACACAAAAGACAUUGAUAGGAAAUCUAGUGUAAAAUCGAAAAGUAGGUUUUCUUCAAAACAUAAAAGCAGAUCAAGAAGCAAGUCUCCAUCAGUGGAUAGAAUUCCUAGAAAAGAUAAAUCUGUGAUAAAGACUUCUAAAAAUAGAUCAAGAAGCAGAUCUGCAGAUUCCUUUGAAGAGGGUGGGAAAAGGAAGAUGUCGAAAAACAGGUAUUCAUUCCAACACUCUAAAUCAAGAAGCAGGACAAGAAGUAGAUCACAUGACUUGGAGAAAGACAAAUCUUCCAGAAGAUCAUCAUCUCCAAAAUACAGAAAAAAGUCUCCACUCAGCCGAUCCAGAAGUAGGUCAUGGGAAAGGAAAGAUGGGAAGAAGAGGAAAUCCAAGAAAAAACAUAUGAUUUCCCCAUCAUUAAGCCGAUCUAGAAGUAGGUCUAUGGAUAGUUCUAGAAAACGUAAAGAUGAGAGAGACAGAAGUGGAUCCAUCUCGCCCAAACAAAAUAAAUCAGAGAGAAGGAAGAAAAAGCAAAGUCACUCUUCUGACAGAUCAAGAAGUUCUUCUCCAGUAUACACAAAACCAAAGAGGAACAGAACAGCAAGCAAUAAACAAUCAGAAUCACCUUAUUCUAUGAGGAGAGGGAGACGAGAAUCACCUCAGCGAAUAGAAGAUAACACUGUCUCGCCAUAUAGACGAAGAAGAAAUUCAAGCUCAUCAGAAUACAGCAAAGUAUCUUCCUCUAGUAAAAAGACUAGUUAUAGAAAAAGUUCUUUAUCACCGUACCAAUCGGAUGAGGAUAAAAGACGAAAGUCUCCAAAGAGAAAAUCAAAGAAAUCCAAAGGUAAAUCACCAAUUAGAGACUCAAUUCCAAAGGAAUCGUCAAAAGACUCAAGAUCAGUGUCUCCAAAAAGAGAGUGGGAAAGGGAAGCCCAUGAAGGAUUUGAAAAAGAAAAAUCUCCAGAAGUGAUGAAAGAGACCAGGGCUCCAAUAUCUUUCAAAAUGAACAUUAGUAAGCCAAUGAAACAAGAAUUACCAUCUCUUGGUAACAAAUUGGAUGAUAACAUUGGUAGGGAUGCAGACGGAAACAAUGAGGAAGGAAGUGCAACAGACUUGGGUGAAAAUUUGAGACAGAGAGAGAAACCUGUUGAGAAGAAAUCAGAGACGCAAUCCAAAUUAUCUGAAUCAUCAGUCCCUUCUAGUGCUUCCACUCACUCACCUGUCAGGUCACCAGCUCAAGAUGUAUCCAAGAGCAAGUGUGAGGACUCAAAUGAGGAACAGAAGUUGUCUAAAAAGGCAAAAAAGGCUGCAAAAAAAUCCAAGAAAAAGGCUAAAAAGAUUGCUAAGGAAAAAUUACUUGGAUCUUCAAAUUCUUCCCUAAACGUCAGUACUGAAAGUAUGGAUGUUGAUGAAAAUUCACCAGAUAAGGCUUUAGAUAGUACAAAAGUGGAAGACAGGAGUGAAGGAGUACAACAAGAUUUAAGUUCUACAAAUGAUGCAUCAGAUAAAGUUUCAAGUCCAGAGAGUAAGAACGUCAAGAGGAGAUCAUGGAGAUCCAAAGCAUCAAACAGUGACGAAGACGCACAAAAGGCUUCACCAGGGCAAGGUUCUGCUGAAAAACAUGAGAAAAUCAGUGUUUGUGCUAUACCUUUACCAGGACAAGAAUCUAGUAAGAAUCUUGUGAAAAAAUCAUCAAUUUCAAUCUCUAGUCCUCGAGAUGAGAAAGCAGAAAAAUUUGAUUCAUCUUUGACUGAUCUCUCUUUAAUUCCUAUGCCUGGUGAAAUGGCUGCAAUCGGGAAGGAAUUCAAAACUGCUGCAAGUGAUACGUCUUCUAUAACCACCCCAGAGAGUCAGUCUGUUGGAAAAGAGGAUGUAGAAGAAAAUCCAGGGCAGAAUGAAAAUACAAAACCCAGUGUUACAAAGAGUGAAGAUUCUGAUGUGAUGAAAAAUACUGAGGAGGUAGGUUUAUCUCUACCAGAGCAGAUAUCAAACCCUGUAGAUGUAUCAGAAGUAAAGGAUGGGAAAGAUAGCAAGCAGUUAGCGAAAUCCAGUAACACAAAUGAGGAGAAAAUUAAGAGAGAACUGAAGAAGCUCAACAUAGAUAUGGUCAAAAGUACAUUUGACCUUGAAGGAGAACAAGCCAAAAGAAGGUCAAGGAGGUCAUGUAACUCAACCGAGAAAGAAGAAGAAAAUGAACCCAUUGAAGCAAGCAAAAGGACAACUCGAAGGCGAUCCAAGGUAUCAAUAAGCACAGAAGAUCUGUCAGAAAGCGAAAAUUCUCAAACUGAGGCUACUGGUUUUCAGAGUUGUAGUGAUACAGAGAAACCAAAUAUUGAAGUUGUGCAAGAAAUACCAGAUGCAGUAAAGGAAAAACCAGCGAGAAGAAGAAAGAGUAGAUUUAGUGAUGUCGAUGACAAGACUGACAAUUCGAUUUCUUUAACUCCCGAGAAUAGGAGUGAACCAAGCAUGAUAGACAUGUCGCCAGACCCUGAUAAAUUACCAAAAGUUAGUGUAACAUUGGAACCAAUAAGAAUAGAGAUGGGCAACAUUAGGACACCUAUUAAAUUUGCUCUUGCAAAUGUAACACAAAGCAUUGGAAAAGUGAAAUGGGAUGAGGAGGAAGGAGAUUCAGAGAAGGAGACAGAAGCAAGCUUUAAGUUUGUUCCAGAUGAAGAGGAUCCCGAGAUCAGCUUUAAAGUUAAAGAUGAUGAUAAGAAAGCAAAAACAGAGACUGGAAAAGAGGGUAGUGUAAUAGAAAGCAUGCCAGAAACUACAGCAAAAGAUAAUGUACCAUUAGUUGUAACAUAUCCUAGGCUGUCCAUGCCAAGUGUUUCUUCAUCACGGUCUUCAGAAACAACAAAAAAAGAAAGUAUAACAUCAGAAAAAGAGGACAUAUUUCAAAUCGCUUUGAGAAAAGCAAAGGAAUUAACAGAUAGUAAAGUAAUGAUGAAUAUUGAAAAUAAAAUUUUAAAAGUUCCAACUGGGGAAGACAAUAUUGAAACUGUUGACAUGGAAUGUGAUUCCAACUCGAACAGUCAGGAACCCUUCAUCUUUGAGGGGAAUGGAAAUCAUCCACAAAGCCCAGCUACAACACUACCUUUGACAACGUUCCCCAAAUUUACUGGGGGCUUUUCUCUAGAGAGCAUGAUUCCAGAUUUUGGGAUGCCACUAAAAGAUGGACCAUCCACAGAAAGAAAGCCUAAUCCACCAGCUCCUGUGCCUCCUCCAAUGGACAUUCCGCUACCGCCUCGCAAUCCACCUUUACCACCCCAAAUUCACAUUCCUCCACCGCGGCCAGUGAUGCCACCGCCCCAGCCAGUGAUGCCACCAGCAUUUUUACACUCUGUACCUUUAAAUCAACCACCAAUUAUACCAUUACCAGUAAGGGCACCUUCAGGGGUACUUGCACCAGUUUCCAUUUCACCUAUGACUUAUCCCCCAAUUGGUACUCCUUUACCCCAAUCCACGUCAUUGCCUGUUCUACAUACAGACAUUCCAUUACCUCCUCCCCCUCCUGACAAAUCAGCUAUAAAGGAAGACAAGUCAUUGAUUAUCUCUCCUGCAGCUAAACCACCAAAUCCUCCAACGGAUAUUCCUAUGCCUCCAGAAAAGACCAAAAAUGUAGGAAAUCACCCGCAUAUUUUUUCGCUGAAAGAUAUACCAGCUCCACCCAGUAAGGAAACAGUUGCACAGAAAGAUGUCUGUUUUUCCAUGUCAACAGCCGAGACUUUUCCACGCCAGGAGGACAUUCCUCUUCCAUCAGAAAUGAUCAGAAGAAAAGUCUCAGAAUUACAAGAACCCAUUAAAAUUGUCCCUUUUGAAAAGCAAAGAACACAAACUCCAAAGCAACAAAGUGUGUCACCAGAAAGAGAAAUGAUUACUGUUGAAGCUACUAUUGAAAAUAUUGCUAUCUCAUCAAUUAAUACACCCUCCACUAGGCAGAGUGUAGACACUAUUAAAGUAGAGUUCACAAGUGGUAUGAAACCACAGGAGAAAGAAUCUGAUGAAACAGGUGCUGAAAAUGUCAAUGAAUCAAAAGACACUGAGAAGUCUCCCUCUGUAGACAUGGCUAUACUGCACAAGACAUCUGUUGAGUUGUCAAAACAGGCUUUAUUAGCAAGAAUCAGUGCUAAACCAAAAGAGAGCAUGAAGGAAAAAAAGAUAUCAAUUGGGAGAAUUUCUCGCACUCCACUUCCAGAGAAAAGUACAGAAAAAUUGAAAGAUGAAUCAGAAAUGAGUGUAACCAUGAAGAAAACCCCAAUGAUAAAGAUUGGUCCCAUCAUGAUGAGUAAAAAUAAAGACUCGGAGAGUGCUUUUGGUGAAUCAUCUGAGGAUGGAGAAAUCAGAUCGGAGUCGGAAAAUGAAAUUAAGAGAAGACGAGGCACAAUUGAGUUAGAUCAUAGCAUACCCAUUUCUCCCUUGGUAAAAGUAAAACCUCGGGAAGAUUUAAAUCCAGCUUCAUCUGGCUUUGGAUUAAUGCCAAAGAAAGUGAUAGACUCUUCUGUGUGGAUGUUAGAAAAUCCUUUACCAGAAGUUACAAAUCCUGUUUCAAGUGCUUCAGAAUCUGAGGACUCUAAGCUUGAUGACAAAGAGUAUAUUAAGAAAGUGGAUGAAUUUCUUAAGAAAGUGGAGAAGCCAAAAACAACAGUAGAAAGAAAGUUUGAUGAAUUCUUGGAAAAAGUCAGAAAACCCAAGUUAGACACACAAAGUUUGGAGGAAAAAGUUGAUGAAUUUUUGAAGAAGACUGAAAAGAAGGACACCAAAGGCAGCAGCCAUGAUGACUAUAAACAUGAUAAAAGUAGCAAGCAUGACAAAGAUGAUUAUGAUAGAUACCGGGAUAGAGACAGAGAUCGCAAAGACAAAGAUAGGGAAUAUAGAGAAAAGGAGAGAGACCAUAGAGAAAAGGACAGAGAAUAUAGAGGAAAGGACAGAAAAUUUAGAAAUAGAGAAUAUGAUGACCGACAUCGAGAUUAUGGGGAGAGACACAGGGAAUAUGAUGAGAGGCAGAAAAGGAGGGAUAGGAGAGGAAGUAGAGAGCGGAGCAGAUCACGAGAGAGGUACAGAGAGAGGGGUAGAGAAAGAUCGAGAGAGAAGAGCAGAAGUCGCUCGAGGAGCAGAAGUAGAGACAGGGAUAGGCGGUAUUACGAGAAGAGGUCUAAGAGAAGUAGACAUGAAAGGGAUGAGAGAAGACACAGAGAUAGCAGUGAUGAAGAACGAUCUCCAAAACACAAAUCAAGACAUGGCAAGUCGAACAAAGAGGAAGAUGAGAAGAAAAAGCUCACUGAUGAAUGGCUUAAGUUUGAAAGCCAACUAGCAGCAAAGAAGAAAAUGUUAGCAGAGACAAGUGCAUCUUCAGCAGCACCAGCAACACUUCAGCCCCAGCAGCCUGCCGUGCAGCCGGCACCAACCGAAUAUUACCAAGAUGCUUAUGGAAAUUACUAUCCUGUUCCAGUGAAUCAAGCAAACAAUGCUAGUGCCUACCAGACAUAUCCUCAGUAUCCCAGCGUGAAUCCAAGCACUGGAUAUCCAAUUCCUCCUCAGCAGGCUAUGGUGCCUCAAUCUCAGGUCUAUCCUCAUGAAACUUACCCUCCAUUACAGCAAGUGCCACCUCAAAGCUCACAGAUGUACAAUGUGCCAAAUACUCCAGUUUACAAUACUCAGGGACAGCCUGGUCACCAGGAAAUGAUGUACGGCCAGGAACAGUCACUCCACCCACAAGUUCAACCUACACCUUCUGCAGCACCAAGGGCAGCUGUUGUGUAUGGACAAGUACCCACUCAGCCUAGCAUUCUGUCUGCCAUCUCAUCACCAGCCACAGUACCACCAACUGCUAUGGCACCUUCAUUACCACAUGUCAGCACUCCUGCUUAUCCUAGUCAGUCAGGAUCCUUGGUUCAAAACAUGGCAGGUGUCCAGCCUCUUAGUCAGCCGGAGGUUGGUUCAGUUUGUCCAAUGAAUUGCUUGCCAGGUACACCAAGAUUUCCCCCGCAGGCCCCCAGCACAGUUGUAAGGCCUCGAAGGGCAAGCUCCCCUCCCAUCUUCUCACCUCCAGUAAGACCCAAGGGUUACAUUUCACCUCAGACAACAGAGGAAGGCAGAGAGGUCAACUUAACCACUCCAACACCCUCAGAAGAGGAUGAAGAAAACAGGCUUAUUGGAGAGAAGGAAGAAACAGAAGCUCAACCCCAACAACAUGUGACUACCUCAGAGAUCGAAGAAUCCCUGCAGCCAACUCGUAAUGUCAACAGACACCUGCCCAUCAAGCUGGGCUUCAAACAGGCCAUUAAAGACAGUGAAUUAGCACAACAUCCUCCGCCUUCUACCUCUCCACAGAUCAAGGAAGGAAAGCCAGAGAAGGUCAAGUCCAGAUGGAGGAGAUACAGUGAACUGGAAAGUCCGUCUAGGAAUACUGCAUCUCCGUCUCUAGACGUUAACAGUGUGUCAUCCUCCACCUCUCAGUCAGAGACAGAGACUGUGGAAGAAAAGGAGAUAUUAGAUGGGAAGAAAAUAGUAGAAAAUUAUGAUGCCUGGGAUCCAGCAUGUGAACUUCCUGUCAUACCACGAACAGCUUUUACUAAAUCUGAAGAACAAAAGAAAGAGAAAAGAGAGGUACGAAGUGCAGACACCACAUCACAGGUCACAGAGGUCAAACCAGAGGAUGAAGAGAGUGCAUCAAAGAAACCACUGUUUGAAGAAGUGGAAGAUAAUAUUUAUCUUUGUGAGAGAAAAAAGACCAAGAAGAUGAAGGAUGUGAAGAGGAUGCUAUGUGAUUGCUCGACCAGUAAGGAGGACAGAGACAUGGGUUAUGAGGCGUGCGGAGAGGAUUGUCUGAACAGGAUGCUGUACAUUGAGUGUGGAAACCGAUGUCCAUGUGGAGAAUAUUGUACGAAUAAGAGAUUCCAUAAGAAACAAUAUGCUGAUGUGGAGCCGUUCGAGACAGAUUGGAAGGGAAUGGGUUUAAGAACCAAUGUAGCAUUACAACCGGGAGACUUCGUAAUGGAGUAUGUCGGAGAGGUGCUGGAUUACAAACAGUUUAAGUCUCGUGUGAAACAGCAAGCCAAGUUGGGGCAGGAGCACCAUUACUUCAUGGCCUUGAAUUCUGAUGAGGUUAUUGAUGCAUCAUACAAAGGAAAUGUCUCCCGAUAUAUGAACCACAGCUGUGAUCCGAACUGUGAGACUCAGAAGUGGACAGUGAAUGGGGUUCUCAGAGUGGGAUUCUUUGUCAAGCGACCCGUGGAGGCAAUGACUGAGCUCAAUUUUGAUUAUCAGUUUGAAAGAUAUGGAAAAGAAGCCCAGAAAUGUUUUUGUGGGUCAGAAAAUUGCCGCGGCUUUAUUGGAGGGAGCAAGACUACUCCACUCCGCUCCACCAGACGUCAGGAGGAGAGACGGAAGAGGACGGAGUUUGAGGAUAAUCUGUUGGAUGAGGAACUAGAGGCCAUCACAGAGCUGGAGAAUGGUUUGAGAAACAAGGAUCAUGUCCUUAAUAUUUGUCGUCUGAUGGUAAGGGCCGAGUCUCCAGACCACAGAAUCACAAUCCUCAAGUGUUUACAGGACACUAUUGAGGACAACUGCUUGCGUCUUUUCCUGGACUACCAUGGGCUAGAGUUACUGUGGAGUUGGAUAACAGACAGCAGGGAGGGACCAGAAGAUGUCAAAAUCAUGAUUUUAUCACUGCUGAAGAAACUUCCCAUAACUAACAAAAACAUCCUGAAAGAUAGCAAAAUUCUUCCCCUAAUCUGUCGACUAGCUGGGCGUGAUGAAAAUGAUGACCUAUCAACGGUCACAAAUCCCAUCAUACUUGGACAGAGAGGGGAGACCAGGUCAAUCCUGUCCACUUCAGCAGGCAAAGACAAGUCUCAGAAAAAGAGAGUGAAAUUUGCAGAUGAAGCUUCAAGUUCUGACAAUGAGUCACAUUCCAGCACUACCGAUGCUGUCGGUGAGACUGCCUCAGGCGAGUUCGAGUCUGAUGCAGGCCAGAGACAUAAGUCAGAGUCCUUAUACAAACAGGUGCUGAAGAGUCUGGGUGUGGAGACAGAAGUUGAUCAAGAAGAAAAUACUGGCGUGACGGAGUCAUCGCCUGCUGACUUACCAAACAAAGGAAGUGACGAGGCAGAAAAGGAGGAGGUAGCAGAAGAAGAAAGGGUUGUCCCCGAGGGUGAGAAAAACGAGGAAAAGACUGCAGCAGAGGGUGAGGAAAAUGAGAUUAAAUCUGAAGAAGAGAGGAAGGAAGAGGAGGCAGAGAUGAAGAGUGAUAUUGAGUUACAGGCAGAGGAGCUGUUAUUCUUGUGGAAAGAUCUCAAGGAGUUAUUUAAGAUUCCAAAGAAACAACAGGUGGAAGAAAGGAAAAGGAUAGAGAAAGAAUUAGGAACAAACACUGAUAAAGAUUUAGAAAUCUUGGAAAUGAUACAGGACAAAAGCAAACAGAGAGCUGCUGGAUGGGACACAGGCAUUAGAAAAAGGAAAAGGCCACCUCCCCCACCCCCACCAAUGGAUGAUGAGGAGAGGAAAGUAUUGCUGCCAACUCCACCUAAGAUUAGUAAGGCGGAGCACAGGAAAAUGUUUGAGGCUCGUGUGAAGGCUCAGGAUGAGAUGGCAGUAAGGGAGAGACAACAACAGGAGAUAUUCCUGAACCAGUUUUACAGUGAUCCAAACAACAUUCUGUACUUCAACCGGACUCCAAAUCACCCACUCUAUGGCAUGCCACCAGAUCAACAGAUUCAGAUCCUACAGUCCCAGCCAAUAGAAGUGCAGUACCAGAUGGUUCAGGGGUACAACUCACAGGAGGUUGUAGAGCAGUAUAUUGACCCCAACACUGGCAUGCCCAUCACUGCAGAACAGCUGCAGGCCAUGUACGAACAUCAACAGCAACCCGAGGUCAUGUACACAGAGGAUGGUCAGCCCAUACAACAAGUCUGGCCACAGCAACAGGUCCAGCAGCAGUAUAUGAGUGCUGAUGGUCAGUUGGUGUCCGUCCACCAGAUGGACCAACACCUGGUAUAUUCUGGUGUCACUCAGCAGCAGAUGAUGUCCCAGUCAGUGGAGGCACCAGGCAGUCUCCCUCCGGGGACGCCGAUACCAGGACAGUCCGUGUACAUACAACAGAUGGACAACACUGGCCCAGCAAUUGGUCCAUACGGUACGCAGACACAACUGGCAGUUGUUCCUCCUGUUGCCAUAGCCACGACCUCUUCAGCAGAUGAUGAUGACCCCCCUCCUCCUCCAUCACCACCAAAACCAAAAGUGGAAAAAUUACCUCCCAAUUGGAAGUCUGCCAAGGACUCUGAGGGAAAGACUUACUACUACCACUCUGUCACAAGGCAAACCCAGUGGGAUCCCCCAUCCUGGGAUUCUGUCGGAGCAGACGAUGCCAUGGACCUGGAAUCUCCAUUGUAUGAGGAGAUUGUUAAGGGCAAAGGUAAAAAGACGACAACAGCCGCAGCAGACACAUCGAGUGAGACGGCUAAGAAGAUGAAGGACCAGUUCAGAAGCAAGAUGUCUUCGUAUAUAGUGUUAUGCCUGAAUCCUUUCAGAAAACCAGACUGUAAGGCAGGAAGAAUCAUCUCGACAGAGGAUUUCAAACAUUUAGCAAGGAAGUUAACCCAUCAUGUGAUGGCCAAGGAACUAAAGCACUGUCGACAUGUGGAAGAUCUUGAGGUCAAUGAAAAUGUCAAAUCUAAAGCCAAAGAUUAUGUUCGGAAAUAUAUGGGCAAGUUUGGCAGUGUUUAUCGUAAAACAGGCUCACCAGAUAUCUAAAGCGACAAAAGUUUGGGAAACAAUGGAAGGACUACUGAAAGUCAAUUAAACCAAAAGGGUAUCAUCUUUCCAAAGAGGGUAUUUAGCACAUCCGAAAUUGUAUCAUUUUAAAUAUAACUUAGGCUAAGGAGUGAUAUAUCUUUGAUUUUAAUAAAAAUUAUUUUCUAUAUGAAUAUUUUUGACUGAAUUGGAACAUGAAAUGUGACAACUCUGACAAAAUUCAUUUUACUGUAGUAUUUCUAAAUGUUAAACGAAACUUUGUCAGUUGUCCAAUACAGUGUGAAUUAAGGAAACCGGGGUGAAAAUGACUCAUUUUAUCAUGUUUAUGUUCAAGUUGUGCAGAAAAUACAGAAGAUUAUAUUCAACAUUAAAGUAAGGGUGUGUUAACAUGUAAAAAGAGGAACCACCCAGCAACACCACAACAGGUUAUUGAAAGGCAGCAGUUUUGUUUUUUAUAUUGUGAAUUGUAUGUUGAAUUAUUGUCAUGGCAGAAUCAUUGUUUUAAUUUGAUGUGUGCAUUCUCGAACCAAGUUGUAUUGAUUAUUACAGUGUACAGUAGUUGUUUAUGUUUUGUUGAAAUGCCUUCGAUUGGACGACACAUUUUUUAUGUAAAAAAGAUUUAUAGCUAGAAUCAAAUCAUUUAAGUGCAGAUUUUUAUAAGAGGAUAUCUGUUGUGUAUGAGAAUUUGUACUGGUGUACUUACCAGUGUUUUUCCUUUUAACUUAAUAAUGUAGUGUGCUAGUAUUGAAAUGAAAUCAAACUUAUUAAGAAUGUGUAAAUGACAUUGUAAUAAGUUGUGAAUGUUUUAUGAAAUGUACAGUAUAAAAGUGCUUAUCCCAUUUGUAAAGAUUAGUUGAAAGUCUAGGGCAUUUUUUCAUCAGUCAUUUUGUAUACAAGACUAGUGUCACAUCUACAUGUUUUAAACAUCUUAAUAAUAACAAUCGGAUGUAUAAACUGUUUUAUUGAUGUUUAGUUUCAUUUUUUUAACUUUGAAAAUAGAAUGUUGCUGUGAUUAAACAGCAGUUUAUUAUUAUUUUGAAUUAAAACUGUUUUAUAUUGAAGUAAA